AUGUGGCGUAACAGCAAAAACAGCCCACCAACGGAAGCAGUUGGCUUCACUGCCCAGCAUUCCAUAUCUGUAAGAGGAGUUGAUGAGUUGGAAAGGCUUAGGGAAGAGAAAAGAAUAAGAAAUAAGUUUAUGAUGAUGCAUUGGAAGCAAAGACAUUGUAGAAGCCAUCCUUAUCCUGUGUGCUUUAGGCCUUGA